AUGCAGGACCCCAAAGGGAACCGAAUUGCACAGUGGCUGAACGUUACACCUGUGGGAGGCAUUGUGGAUCUGUCCUUCCCUCUGGCUGCAGAAGCACCGGUUGGAGAGUACACCAUCAAAAUGCCUGACCGCGCACAUUCCUUCAGGGUAGAGGAGUAUGUGCUGCCCAAAUUCAGUGUCUCCAUCCAGAUGCCUCAGGUGGUCACCAUCCUGGAGGAGAACUUCCGUCUCCACGUCUGUGGCAUGUACACGUAUGGGAAACCAGUCCAAGGUACUGUGAAGGCUGUGGUGUGCCGUAAACAUAUCCGCUAUAAUUGGAAGUCUUCCAAAGCCAAGCGCAGUAUUUGUAAGGAUUACGCUGGCAAGACAAACGAGGAUGGCUGCUUUGCCACUGAGGUGGAUAUUAAGAUCUACCACCAGAAGCGCGGUGACAAUUAUGAUUUCAACCUGGAAGCUGUGGCUUUUCUGAAAGAAAGUGGAACAGGCGUGGAGUUCAAUACCACUGAAAACUGCAAGGUCACUUUUGAUAUCACAACUCUCCAAUUCUGGGGAACAAGCUACUACUAUCAGCAAGGAGCUCCCUACUAUGGAAAUCUGGAACUCAAAAGUACCAAUGGGACACACCUGAAGAACAAGGAGGUGAUUCUUACAGUGUCCCAUGGUAGCAGGAAGCAGACCAAGACCUACUUUACGGAUGAUACUGGGAUGGCCUCUUUCACCUUAGACACGUCAGCAUGGGACAACAGCAGUAAAGUUCUGCUACAGGCAAAGACCCAGCCGGAGGACUUAGGCGGUCAAAAUGUGAGAGUGUCUUAUGGCACUGCAUCCCUCACACUGAGGGCCUUCUACUCAUCCAGCCGCAGCUCUGUGAGGAUCCAGCCAGUGCAGGCAAUGCUGCCCUGCGGGGAAGUGCAGCAAGUCACCGUGCACUAUCGCAUCCUAGCCACGGAGCUGGGGGACGGCGCUGCCAGAGCAGACUUCUACCACCUGGUUUUGGCCAGAGGAUCCCUUGUGCAUCACGGCCAAACAACAGUAUUUCUUGCUCCGCCGUUAGGUCAGUAUAGUGGGGCUUUCAAUGUCACUCUGCCCAUUGACCUCAUUUCACCCAUGGCUACCCUCUUUGUUUACACUGCUUUCCCUGAGGGACAAGUGGCAGCUGACACCUUCAGUCUGAAAGUCUCCAAGUGCUUCAGGAACCAUGUGAAGCUUGGCUUCUCAGACACAGUGGCCCUCCCAGGAUCGGCUGUCCAUCUCCAUUUGCAGGCUGCACCAGGCUCCUUAUGUAGCAUCCGUGCUGUAGACCAGAGCGUCCUUCUCCUGAGGCCAGAGGCUGAGCUAUCCAAGGAUAGUGUGUACAAUAUGUUCAGUUAUACUCAGGAGCACCCCAGGACCCUCACAGACUCUUACAGUGACUACUGUUCUAUCCACAAGAGCCCAGAAAUCAUCAGUUCCCCUCAAACCACCCUUCCACCAGAAACAAUGCCACCAUUCAUGUACGACAGAUACACUUACGCGGUGUCCCAACCAGACGUUUAUGAAGUGCUGAAGAAUUCAGGUCUAACAUUUUUAACCAGCCUUAAAAUCAAGUCUCCAAUUGAGUGCCGCACUCAGACCGCUUACUACUACGACUACAUGUCUUAUGGCAAGCUGGCAGACUUGGACAACUCGGACCGAGAAACAGAUGCUGCUGUUGAACGUGCUGAGUCAGAGCACAUUGAGCUGGGUAGCGAGGCAGGGCCAGUCAUUAGUAAAGCCAUUAAGCAGUAUUGGCCCAAGUAUCAGUCCAUGAGGCAUGCCACGGGAUUUCUGCCUCUCCAUCUCAUUUGGCUGGAUUAUGCCUAUUUUGAGGCAAGGACCAUCUUCUGGUUUGUGUAUGCAGAUCUUGAUUCAGGGGUUGCUGAGCUAGCUGUCACAGUACCUGACAGUAUCACAGACUGGAGAGCCAUGACCUUCUGCACCUCAGUGAGCCAUGGGUUGGGAAUCUCAGAGACCACCAACCUGCGGAGCUUCAAGCCCUUCUUCGUGGAACCCACCUUGCCCUACUCUGUUUUCCGGGGAGAGUCAUUUCCCCUGAAAGUCAAAGUCUUCAGCUACCUGAAGCAGUGCAUGGUGCUCCAGCUUAGCCUAAUGGACUCCAGGGAUUUUGAAUUUGUGCAUGCAAAUGUCAGGUUCACUAUUUGUCUGUGUCCUGAUUCAGCAAAAACAUUUUCCUGGGAUUUGAAGGCUACAAAAUUAGGGAAGGUGAAUUUCACUGUCACUGCUGAGGUGAUGGAGCAGGAAGAUGUUUGCACUGAGAAUACAGCUGUUGUGCCAGAGUCUGGAGGGAAGGACACAGUGGUUAAACACCUGCUGGUGAAGGCAGAGGGGCUGCUGGAGGAAAAGACCUACACCUCACUCCUGUGCCCUAAAGGUAGGUGAACUUCAGCUUCAGAGACAAUCACUUUCACUAUGCCAGAGAACAUGGUCCUUGGGUCGGAGAGAGCCCACAUCUCCUUCUUAGGUGACAUUUUGGGGACAGCACUGGACAACAUAGAUGAGCUCCUCCAGAUGUCCAGUGGCUGUGGUGAGCAGAACAUGGUUCAUUUUGCCCCCAAUGUCUUUAUCACACGAUAUCUUGAAGAAACAGGACAACUGACUCCAGAAAUCAAACAGAAGGCAAUUGGCUAUUUGGAAAGUGGAUAUCAGCGGCAACUCCUGUACAAGCACGCAGAUGGCUCAUACAGUGCCUUUGGGGAAGGAAGUGAGCCAGGGAAUACAUGGCUUACUGCCCUUGUCCUCAAGACCUUCAGCCAAGCCCGGGACUUCAUCCACAUAGAUGAGCAGAAUAUAAAGGAUGCUGCCAAUGCCCUGAUUAAAAGUCAGACUCCAUCUGGCUGCUUCAAGAGUGUGGGAAAGCUCUUCAACAAUGGUCUGAUGGACCCAGUUGUAUGGAAAGCUCUGAAAUGUAUAAAGGACCUGGUCGAUGCUGAUACUGACAGUUCCAACCUCUACAGCCUGGCACUAGCUGCAAAUGCCUUUGCAGUAGCAGGUGAUAAGGCCCUCAGGCAGAAAAUCCUCAAAAGAUUGGAUAAUGCCGCCAUAAUAUCAGAUGACCAAAUAUUCUGGAGCCAACAGUCAAAACAGGAAGAAGACUCCCUAUAUUGGUAUCGGGCUCCAUCUGUUGAUGUGGAAUUGACCUCUAGUAUCCUCAUGGCUCACCUUUCAAAGUCAAGUUUGUCUUCAGAUGAAAUCAGAAAGGCAUCCCAGAUUGUGUCUUGGCUCACCAAGCAGCAAAACCCUUAUGGAGGCUUUGCUUCAACCCAGGACACAGUGGUUGCUCUGGAAGCCCUAGCCCUGUAUGCAACCAAGACUUUCAGCAAGGAUGGCCCUGACCUUCAGGCUUCUCUCUCCUCUGAGGGUUUCAGCCAAAACUUCAAAGUAGACAACACCAAUCGCCUCCUGCUGCAGAGAGUGGAGCUGCCAGCCAUUCCCCAAGAUUAUACCGUGCAUGUGCAGGGCCAUGGGUGCCUCUUCCUGCAGGCCACUCUGCGGUACCACAUCCCUCCGCUGAGGACCGACGUCACCUUUGCCAUGUCUGUGCAGACAGAGUGCACCGCACCCAACGCCACCCAGUUCCCUGUCACCGUUCAUGCUCGCUACACAGGGAACCGUGUGUCCACCAACAUGGUCCUGAUCCAAGUGGAGCUGCUGUCUGGAUACAGCCCCGUGGCAGGUUCACUGGAAGAGCUAAAGAAAAUGCCUUUAGUGAAGAAAGUUGAAAGUGAAGCUGACCGAGUCAUUCUUUACCUGGAGGAACUGACUAGACAGCCUCAUACCUACACUUUGCUGGUGCAGCAGGACAUGCAAGUGAAGGAUCGUAAGCCAGCUACUAUCAAGGUCUACGAUUACUACAUGCCAGAAGAAACUGCAGUGAUGAGCUACAGUGCCCCGUGCGAGUGA